UCAGCGCUUGGAGAUUCCUUCGCAUUGCAUCACCAACUCCAUCAAUUCACAACACACCGACAAAAUGCGCCCUCUUACAGAAACGGAGCAGAAGACCGUCUUCGAGAAGCUUGCAAACUACUGCACCGAUCUCAAGAGUCUUAUCGCUCCUCUCGAUGAUGGCGACAGAUACGUUUUCCGUCUGAACCACUCUCGCGUUUACUACGUCCGUCUCUCCGUUGCCAACCUCGCCACCAGUGUCAGCCGCGAUGCCCUCCUCAGCCUGGGUACCUGCCUUGGAAAGAUGACCAAGACCGGAAAGUUCAGACUUCACAUCACUGCCCUUCCUAUCCUCUCCGAGCACGCCCGUCAUAAGAUCUGGGUCAAGGACAACGGUGCCCAGCCCUUCCUCUACGGCUCGAACGUCGUCAAGGCCCACGUCGGCCGUUGGUCCGAGGACUGCCCCGAGCACUCCGGCGUCGUCGUCUACAGCAUGGCUGAUAUUCCCCUUGGCUUCGGUGUCACAGCUCGUAGCACAACCGAGGCACGCCGCCUUGAUCCCACGGGUAUCGUUUGCUUCCGUCAAUCGGACUGCGGCGAGUACCUCCGUGAUGAGGACACCCUCUUUGCUGGUUAAAGUGUCGGUCCGAGUAAGAAAGAUGGAAGGAAUUAACGAAGGCUUGGAAAAGAGAAGGUCAUAAGAACUUUUUAUUGCUUUAGGGAAGUACCAUAAAGGCGUCCUGGCGUUUACAACACACACAUACACUUUUGGUCAGAAUCAGAUACCUCCAGCAUUUUUAUCUGGGCAGAUAUAAUUUGAUCUUUUUUCUCGUCGAG